AUGGGUUGUGGAUCUUCAACUGCUCAGCCAACACAUAAGGCUGCUAACGACAAAAAAUCAGAGAAAGACAAGGUACACACUGGUCACAAGGUUAAGGACGGUGAUCAUAAAAAUUAGCCAAUGUAACAGCCAAUGUAACAACCAAUGCAUCAACCAAUGUAAUAGCCGAUGCAACAGCCUAUGUAUAUGCCAAUGCAACAACCAAUGAUGCAGCCACAGAUGCACGUUCAAAUGCAAAUGCAACCUCCUAUGCAGCAGCAAAUGCACGGACAUGAGGAUAAGCAUCAUGAAAAGAAAAAACAUGAUGACAAACACGAAGACAAACAUCAUAAGAGUGAAGAGAAACACCAUGAAAAGAAGCACGAUUCAGAUAAGGAAAAACAUCACAAGAAAGAUGAUAGUGAUAAGAGCGAUAAAAAGAAAAAGCACAGUGACAGCAGUGACAAAAAGAAAAAGAAGCACGGUAGCGACAGUAGCGACAAGAAAAAACACAAGAAGAGCGACUGA